AUGUCAUUACAAGAAAAGUACACAAAGGCCGGCCAGGGCCACGUCUACAACUUUUAUUCCAAGCUCUCGGCUGAGGAGCGGCAGUCUCUUGACCGCCAGCUGUCCAAACUCGACCCUGAGGAGAUCAAUGACAUCGCCAAACGGGCCGGCGACUACACCGAGAGCGAGGGUGUAAUUGAGCCGCUGCCUGCCCAGGUUGUCGCCUCCAUGUUUGACUCUGAUCCGGCUGAUUUAGAAUCGUGGCGUAAACAGGGCCUUGAGGCUGUUGCGAACGGCGAGGUUGCUGUGCUACUGCUUGCGGGCGGUCAGGGAACUCGCCUUGGUUCUUCGGCUCCUAAAGGAUGCUACAAUAUUGGCCUGCCAUCCAACAAAUCUCUAUUCCAGCUCCAAGCUGAGCGGAUUGCCAAAGUUGCACGGCUUGCUGGUGAGGAGUUUGGCAGAUCUGGUUGUCGGGUCCCCUGGUACAUUAUGACUUCUGGUCCCACCCGUGCGCCUACCGAGGCCUUUUUCAAGGAAAACAACUAUUUCGGUCUACCGUCUAGCGAUGUGAUUUUCUUUGAGCAGGGCGUACUGCCUUGCCUAACAAAAGAUGGCAAGAUCAUUCUCGAGUCAGCUGGCAAGGUCGCUGUCGCGCCCGAUGGAAAUGGCGGUGUCUAUAAAGCACUAUACGAAAGCGGUGUGCUUGAUGACUUGAAAACUCGCGGAAUUGAGCAUGUUCAUAUGUACUGUGUGGACAACUCGCUGGUCAAAGUUGCCGACCCGUCAUUUAUUGGGUUUGCAGCUGCCCGGAAGGCAGAUGUUGCAGUGAAAGUGGUGCGAAAGCGUAAUGCUGGCGAGUCUGUUGGUCUGAUUGUCAGUAAAGAUGGUGCUCCUGGAGUUAUUGAAUAUUCCGAGAUUUCCAAAGAGCUUGCAGAGGCUAAAGACGAGAACGACCCUUCUCUUUUGAAACUGCGAGCAGCAAACAUUGUCAACCAUUACUACUCUACUGCAUUUUUGCUGAAAACUGUUGACCUGGCCAAGCAAUUGCCCUAUCAUGUCGCUAACAAAAAGAUCCCCUAUGCAGACGAAUCAACCGGUGAGACUGUCAAGCCGUCUCGUCCUAAUGGCAUCAAGCUUGAGCAAUUUGUUUUCGACAUCUUCCCCCAGGUUUCCUUGGACAAAUUUGCGUCUUUAGAGGUCGCUCGUCAAGACGAGUUCUCUCCGGUAAAGAACGGCCCGGGCUCUGGAGAAGAUUGUCCGGAAACCGCCAGAGAUGACCUGUUGGCGGAAGGUGCGCGCUGGCUGACGGCAGUGGGCGCGACUUCCCAACCUAUCGAGAUCUAUCCUAAUGUUUCUUACAGCGGCGAAGGCUUGGAGUCGUUCGCAGGAAAACAAGUCAACGAGCGCUACUUGAGUUAG